GCUUGUGCGUGCGUGCUCAAUGUGCAACAAACGUUUUUGAAUAUUUGAAUCUGAGUCUGCUGUUGAACAGAAUUUUGUAUAUUAUUAUAUAAAUAAUGUUGUAAUGUUAAAAGCAACCAACAAACAGAAUGCUGCCAUGCUGUUGCUGGGUUUCUUUUAGAUGAUUUAAAGGUUAAAGCUAAAAGAUUGUUUGUGAGAAUUAGUUGUUGAACUUUUUUAAAACUUUUCAUCCAUUACCUGCUUGGAAUCGGAAACUUAAAGAAGAUAAGCAGACUUGAGCAUGGCUACAGUGAAUGGUCGUCCUGCAAAGUAUGGAAUCUCACUGAAGCAGCUGCGUGAACUGAUGGAACUUCGCGGUCGCGAUGGAAUUGCCAGGAUAGCUGAAUAUGGUGGAAUUCAAGAAAUUUGUAAGAAGCUCUAUACAUCACCAAGUGAAGGAUUGAGUGGCUCAAAAGCCGAUCUGGAUCACAGAAGAGAAACUUUUGGUUCUAAUAUCAUUCCUCCAAAACCACCGAAAACUUUCCUCCAAUUAGUUUGGGAAGCUCUCCAAGAUAUUAUUCUUAUUAUAUUGCAAAUUGCGGCCCUUGUCUCACUGGGUCUUUCCUUUUAUCGACCACAUGAAGAAGCUGUUGAACCUGCACCAGAAGGGCAUGAUGUACAACACGGAUGGAUAGAGGGAAUUGCCAUUCUAUUGUCCGUCGCGGUGGUUGUAGUAGUUACAGCCUUCAAUGAUUAUACAAAGGAACGGCAGUUUCAAGGGCUGAAAAGCAGAGUUGAAGGAGAGCAGAAGUUCACUGUUGUCAGGCAAGCAGAGGUUAGGCAUAUACCAGUUGGUGAAAUCGUCGUUGGUGAUAUUUGCCAGAUAAAAUAUGGUGAUCUUAUUCCCGCUGAUGGUAUUCUAAUACAAAGCAAUGACCUGAAAAUUGAUGAGUCAUCUCUGACUGGUGAAUCUGAUCAUGUAAAAAAAGGAGAGACUAGUGACCCAAUGGUAUUAUCAG